AUGACCUAUCAUCAACGACAAGAUCAUCGUCGCUUGACCAAAAUAAAACGUAGCAUCGGAGCGAUGGAGAAGCUCAAUCUUCCCUUUGGAGAAUGGUCUGUGUCAGAAACAAAAAAUGGCCGAGAUGAUUGGACGAAAGAGAAUAAGAAAACACAGACUUCAUAUAUUACAAUUUCUGCUUUACUCUCUACCUGUGCCCUUUGGUUGGCUCGUAAAACACUUAGCUAUCGUUACAUUCGCUUUGUUAUUAAUGAAGAAAAGAGACUGCUGCUAGAGAAACUCCCAAAGGAGUUAAGUUUAACUUCACAAAAUUCGUUAGCUAAGCUUGAAAAAUGCAAUCUUGGAAAUGAGAUUUGUUUGGUUACCAAUUCCAGAGAUAUUGUCAAAUACAUGAAUGAAGUACAUAAUCGUUGGUUAAGGUUACCGUUAUUUUGGCGUUUAAUGAAUGCAUUUGGGGCAUUUUUGAUUUGUAAUACGGCCGUGUUGUGCUAUCUGGUAAUAAUUGUUGCGCAUGGUCAAGCUGCCUGUUUACUUACAUUUCCACUUACAAUAUUAGUCUUCUUUUGGGGAGCUAUCACUGAACAGAGGCGUCGUUUGCUUUGGACUAUUGCUAUUUUUUAUGUAGAGACAAUGAUAAUAGUAUCAGUUUGCUUUAAAUAUACCUCUUUACCGUGGUUAUGCAAAGAAUGGAUGAAAUGUGGUAAAUGGAGUAUGGCAAUGAUUGGACGAUUUAUUGGUAUCGCUGGUGAACCAAUAUCGGUUGUCAUAUUUUGUCUUCUCGUUCUCGUUCUCUUCACCCACCGUCAUAAUAUGAGACGAAAUGGUUUUUGGUAUGCUUCGAGUACAGAAUUGCUACAGAAUGAAGAUCAUAAGAAAUGUUGCUUGUGGUCAGUAUUAUUGGAUAUCUUAAGAUUACGACAACGUGCUCCUUCCAACUACUAUCCGUGGAUGAUUUUGUCUGAUUUACUUGCUCUUAUCACAAUGAUUAUUAAUUUUUCCGAUUUUGAUUUGGCACGACGGGAUGCGUUCACAUUAUUGGAGAGUAAAAGUAGCUUGUUGCCAGAUACAUUUGUUUACUACUUUAUGAUAAGUCUUGGCAUGAUUAUAUUGGAUCGAAUAAUUUACCUCAAAAGAGCAAUACGAGUGAAAUUUGUAUAUUUGGUGGUUGAAGUUAUUGGAAUUCAUGUUUACAUCGUCACAAUAUUAUUAAUUUCACCAGAAAUCGAUGAGAAUCGUCAAAUGGCGGUCGGCCUAUUUAUUUGGUACCUAGCUCGUGGUAUACACAUGCUGUCAAGUGCAUUUCAAGUACGAGACGGCUAUCCAAAAUUCAUCGUUGGUGAUGUGAUGAUGAAAUCUAAUCCAAUAAGUUGGGCUUUAUAUGUCGGAUAUUUUUACACCGUUCCAGUGUUUGAAAUAGCAACAAUUCUUGAUUGGACAUUUACAUCAACAACUUUAACUCUAUUAGAUUUUUAUAUUUUGAAGACAAUUAAUUAUUACUUAUACUUUAUCAAAGGCAUGCGAAAACUGGAAGCGUUCUACCCAAGAAAGCGUGCGGAACUGACUUCAAUUCCAGUCAAGAUAUUUUUGGGCGGAGGAAUACUCAUUGCAAUAUUUGUCAUUCUCGUUAUGUUAAUUCUAUUCAUAUCUGAAAAUAUGUUUGUUGGGAUUUUCCUUCCAAUCCAAAUGGUAUUCACAUUGAGAAUUAGUCAACAACCGAUAUUAUAUGAGUGUCAUUUGGAAGAUUUACCUUUGAUCAGCGAUCAAGAGUACAAUCAUUUAAUCAAAUACUUUGCCUUUGAUAUAUAUGCGCAAAAUUUUAUAAAAUCACUCGGUGCGGAAACUAUUGUUAAGGCUACAUUACCCUUUCGAAGUAUGGUUCAUUAUGUUCAUCCAGGAUGGAAAUUGCAAUUGAUACAACUAGCAAACAGGUCCAUCGAUGGGCUAAAACUGAAAUCACGAAUUUAUCUGAGAAGAAUGCGUGUCAAGGAACAGACAGAUAAUUUACUGAAAAAAACGGAUACAACACCGUUGGAAACUGCUCGUGAAUGGGAAAUGGAAAUAGAACAACAUGAGUUGCAACAAGUUAUCGAUGUACUUAAAUCAACAAACUGCUCAGAUAUCUUCGAAAUGGACAUAUCGGAAAUAAUUCGUCCGCUGAUUACGGUACCCAAUGGUGAUUUAAUGUAUGAAAAUCCAACCAUUGGUGAAGAACAAUUCAGCCACCGUUUCGCUUAUUUCAAUUAUUCAUUCAAAUACAUGACAAAAUUGUUGUUUAAACCAGAUUGUACAACUGAGGAAGGAGUUUCGAUACCGGAUAUUGUUACGUUGGAACAGUAUGGUAUUAGCCAUGACGGAUCGAUAAUUGGGAAAGCAGAAGCACCAAAAUUUUUAUUUUUUGUUUCGAAAGUAUCUUCCAGCUAUCUACGACUUUUGAAUAUUUCUACUCCGUCAUUAAUAAUGACAUUUGCAAUGGUAUAUUUACUUAGCUUUAAGUUACGCGACAUAUUGAUGACAAAGCCAUUCGAAUUAACAUUCCGUGAAUUAGGCGAUCCGUGCCGUUUGAUACGACUUUGCACCAGUAUAAGUAUAGCUCGUGAAGCAAAAUUAUAUGAUUUGGAGCAUGAUCUAUACGGGAAGUUGAUUUAUAUUUUGCGAUCUUCGGAAGCAUUAAUUCGUUAUACGCAAUAUAAAAUGAAAAAUAUUAUCUGA